AUGACCGAGACAAAUGAGGUCCAAAAUGUAUGUCUAAAACUUUGUUUUUGACGCUUUGUACUAACUUUUUAGCGCUUAUCAUUGCAAUCCGGCUUAUUCUAACCCUGUUUUCCCCCUGGUUUGACCCGAUUUUAGAUUUUUUACUCCAUUUUCGGUUGUUUUUGCUUGAUUUGCUUAUAUAAAUGAUAACUAAUCCAUUGAAAAGUCAGACCAAAUGUCCGACAAGACCCCACCAACCGAGUUGAAGCCGUUGAAGACGGCGCCGAAUGAAAAUGAACAGCCAGUAAAGCAAGACGAUGUGGAAAAGGAGGACCUCUUGGAUAAGGGCAAUGGAAAUGGAGUUGUGAGCGAUUUUUGUGUUGAGAAUGGGAUUAUUUGCAAAAUAUGAGAUAAAUUUAGAGAGAUAAUCAAUUUUUGAUGUCUGAAAAUUUAAUCUCUUGGUUGCUGCGGAAUUUUUAGAUUACAGAAAUUUCUCAAUUGUUUUUUUUUAUCCACCGGCAAGUUAAUCAUAACCGAAAAAUUAGUUUAUGGUAGCUCAGACGAACCGAAAACAUUUUUUCCGUCAAUAAAUUGGGAAAAAUGGAUCAGAAUUUAUAAAAAUUAUAUUUUUGGAUCACUAUGGAUCCCGUCUUUUGAGAUGAAACUCAUUUUAACGAGAGAGACCUCAGACAACCUGCAGCCAUCACUUUUAUAAAUUUCAUGCCCAUCGAAUCCAGAAAAUCGGUAGAUUUAUAUUUCUCGAAAAAAUACUGAUUUUUUUGGGUUCGAUGUGAAUGAAAUUUCUAAAAGUGAUGGUUGCAGGUUGCCUGGGGUCUCUCUAGUUAAAAGGAGUUUCAUCUCGAAAAAACCGGAUCCAUGGCGAUCCAAAAAUAUAAUUUUUAUGAAUUCUGGUCCAUUAUUUCUCAAGUUGUUGACAGAAAGAAUGUUUUCGGUUCAUCUAAGCUACCCUAAAUUAAUUUUUCGGUUAUAAUUAACUUGCCAGUGGAUUAAAAAACAACUGAGAAAUGUUUGUGAGCUAAAAAUUAUGCAACAACCUAGAAAUUAAAUUUUUAGACACCAAAAAUUGGUUAUCUCCUUGUUUAAGUGUUUUCUUACUCAUUGUUGGGACUAAUUUCUGAUUUCUUGAUGUGUAAGAAUUUUACAUUUGGGUGAUGUGUGGGAUUUGACCUACUAACCUUAUAAAUAUUCAACACAACGCCUUUUUACCAUGCUUUUUUGCUGACUUAUAAAUUUUUAGCAGAAUGAUGAGACCGAAAGAAUGGUUCCAGCGGCUUCUGGAGAACCCGAAAUGGCCAGGACAGCCCUAAGGUGAGAAUUUUUUAGUUUAUUCUUUCGAUGUUAGGGGUCAGUGGCUCUUCGAGGAUGGACUUGCACAUUCGACCAAUUUCGUCGAAAAAAUAGCCCAAAAUAUCGAAAUUAAGAACCAAAAAAGCGUGAUUACAUGUGUCAAUUAGCGAAUUAAGGCAGCAUUUACAAGACAAUGUGUGAUCUUAUCAAUAAGCGUUGAUAAGACAAGUUGGAAGCUGUUUCGCGUCACCAAAACCAAUUAAACCUUGAAAUGAUCGGAAAACGCGUUGCCUGCACAUUGUUAUAGACGUGUCUUAGCGUGUCCAUCAAUAAUCGGAGAGAAUCCGAUUUAAAAAUUGUUGGAUCGACCAGAAAAGGUUUUAUUUUUCAUAUUUUCCUCAAAAAUUAGUUUUGGCUCUUACGAAAGAUUAAUUUAUUUUGCGUGGAAACCCACAACAAUUACCUAUAUUAUCCGAAAAAUUUGAAGACGCAAAGAAAUCUGGGAUUUUGCAAGGUAAUCCUUGUUUUUACUCCGGGUUUUCAGAAAAUUUUUUUCUGAAAUUCGUAAAUUUUGAGGCUCAAAAUAACUCACAAACUGAUUUUUAAAGCUUAAAAAAGUGUACUUACUAUCUGAAAAUGAUUUUUUGAUUUUAUAAAAAACUUGUCUAAACUCUUUUGUGGGCGAAAAUUUGCUUGUUAUCUGUGAUUAAUUUCCCCAAAAAUUAUCAUUGUCUUGAUGUUUUUUGUUGAAGAAAAUUGCCCCAUCUUAUACGUUGAGUCUUUGAGAACAUUCUAAACGAUAUUCGAAAUAGUAUUUGUUUGAUUUUUUUUUGAAUUUCGAGUUUUAAAUUUUUGGUCAGAAUUUUACCAUUUUUUGAGAAAUUUUUAGUUUUUAGUUGAUUUUUUCGAUUUUUGUGUGGCUAGAGUAAUUUCAAUUUAGUGUUUAAGGGUCUCAGGACAUUGUUUUACCUUGCUGAUUAUUUAUUUUUACAUUUUACACACAAAAAAUCUCAAAAAUUGGAUUUCCACUCAACAAAUCUUUCCUCAAAAAAAUUGUAAAUCAAGUCUAAAUUCCGGUCGAAUGUGCAAGGUCUCCCCGAUGAGUCGGGUGUUCAUCGUCGAAAAAGCCGAUGAGGCCUGGGAAAAGCAGUCGGAAACCGCCUCCACCAGCUCAAUUCCUAUUCCCAGGGUCUAUCCGCGCCGAUGGAUCGUGCUGGCCGUGGUCGCGCUGCUCAAUUGCACCAACACUUGCGCUUGGAUCGGAUUUGCCAAUGUCGCCAAUCAUGUAAAUGCAUUUUACGGAACGGAUGUGAGUUUUUUGAAAAAUUUUUUAUAUUGUAAUAGAUGGUUGGACGAAUUUUGAACGAUUUUUGGAGGAAAUUUUUAUUUUAGAAGGCGGCAAAUCUCUUCUCCGGAAUCUACAUGCUGGUCACAGUACCCGUCGGCCUGGUUGCGAUGUGGGCCGGUCGAUUUUUCGGCCUCCGAAUCGCCAUCUUGAUUGCCGCUUGGUCGAAUUGUAUUGGAGUCCUGAUCAGAUUGGCUAGGUAGGGUGGAAACUCGAAAAUUUAUUAAUAAAAAUUCCAGUUCUUACCUGGAACUGAGCUACCGAUUCCCGGUCGCCCUCACCGGACAAGCGAUCGCCGCCGUCGCCUACCCCUUCAUCAUGUUCCUGCCGACGAAAGUGGCCGGAACCUGGUUCGGCGCCGACCAACGAGGACUCGCCACCACCAUCGGAGUCAUGUCCAACCCAUUGGGCGUCCUAUUAGCCAGUCAGACGUCGCCGAAAUUGGUCACCGACCCCUCGCAAGUCAUCUAUUUGAACAUCAUUGUCGCCGUCCCGGCCGUGAUCGUCGCUUUGCUGGCCUCGGUCGCAGUGAACCGCUCCGAACCCAAAACCCCACCCACUUUGUCCGCUGCCACCGCGCAGAUGGAGUUCCUAGACGGCUUGAAGUCGUGCUUCACCACUCCCCAAUACGUGGUCUUGCUCAUUGUUAUGGGCGGAGGCAUCGGGAUGUUCAACUGUUUGUAUACCAUCAUGCAGCAGAUUUUGUGCCCCUCUGGCUAUGGAAAUGAAUUCUCUGGAUGGUGCAGCUCCUUGAUGAUCAUUGGAGGAGUUUUUGGAGCAACCGCGUCGGGUAAGGACAUGAUUUUGAAAUCUUGAUAUUGUAGUAGACAAAAAAAAUUUUUUUUGAUUGGAAAUACAGUGGGGACCUGAUCCAGUGGCAAAAAAUGUACCAUUUUGCAUCCGGGAAGUAUCAAAAAUGUGGCAAAAUGCUUCCCUCUUCAAGUGAAAAAAAAUUCAAAAGCGCGCCCGCUUUUUUUGUGUGGGCCCUUUAAAAAGAAGUUUUUUUCACCUGGAGAGGGAAGCAUUUUGCCACAUUUUGAUGCUUCCCGGAUGCAAAAUGGUGCGUUUUUUGCCAUUGGAUCAGGUCCGUCACUGUAUUUUGAGAUUUCGAUAUUGAAGUAGGCAAAAAUUUUGAAAUUUGGUAAAAAAAUAGUUCGUUUUCUGGUUUUUUGCAAUGAAAUUUGCUCGAAAAUAUAGUAAAUUGAAUGUUUCAGGAGUUUUCGUCGACCGCACCAAGCGCUACACCGAAACCAUGAAGGUGUGCAUGACGUUGGCCGUCGUUCUCGGCCUCACUUUCCUCCAGCUCACGUUCGUCGAGAAUAUCGGAUGGCUGAUUCUGAUCGUCUGCUUCUUCUUCGGCAUCCUCGGAUUGGCCAUCUACCCGGUCGGGUUGGAGAUGUCGGCCGAGUGCACGUUCCCAGUCACCGAAACAACUUCCACUGGGCUGAUUGUCCUCACCGGCCAAGUAAUGUCCAUUAUUUUUGUCGCCAUUGUCUCCAUGAUCAAUAAGCCCAUCUCCGACGCCAAGAGGAAGAUUCAAGUAUGUGAUGCGAAGGACCCAACCGCCGCGAAAGACGCUUGGUGGGGACUGAUUGUGGUCUCGAUCAUCGCCAUUUUGUUGGUGAUUUUGUUGAUCAGCGUCUUCAAACCGGUGUAUAAGAGAAUGUUGGCCGAACAGGGAAGACCGCAGGAGCACACUCAAGCCGAAGUGGCCGCCGUGACAAUUGGAACUGAAGUGGAAAGAGAAGUCGAGGGUAAGGUUAUUGUAGUAGGUAUAGGAGAGGAAAUUUGUGGGUUUGAAAGGGUUUUUGGCUUGGAAAAGAGCCAGAAACUGUUUAGUAUAGAUAAUUAGCGGAUUGUAGAUUUGAUUUAUGGAGUUUAGAUUCUAUUUUGUGUUGGUUAAGAUGAAGAAUUUCAAAAUUGUUGUCAAAAAGUUAGAUUUUUUCGAUUAGCAAGAAAAUUUUAGCUUUAUAUUUAACCUAGAUAUCCUAUCUUGCAAUUUUUGUAAUCUCCAUUUUAUAAAGAACAUUUUUAAUAACUGUUAUUUGCAGCCCUCACCCAUCACACCCAUUAA